AUGAUGAAUUCCAAGCGACAAUCGGCCACAGGAACGGGCGGCUCUAAUGCAGGGCAAGCUGGCAAUGAUGGUGAUGAACACAAACGUCCCAUUGUGGAGCAAAGUAUAUGGGGUAGAGAUUUACCCGAACCAGUGCUUUUUAAGAUUUUCCAAAAUGUCGUCGAAAAGGAAGGUUGCCUACCGACCUUAUUUCGUUUGGGUCGUGUCUGUUCCCUGUGGCGCCGUGUCUCUUUAUCACCCACCUUGUGGCGUUCGCUAGAUCUCACCACAUGGAUUAAAGAGAAAUAUCGCACGGAGCUGAAAUUAAAAUGGUUUGUCGAUAAUCGCUGUACAUGUUGCACAGAAUUGAAUGUUUCAAACUUCAAAAUCACAGACAUUAAUUGUUUUCUAAUGAAAUUAGCUGAUGGUGCACCGAAUUUAACAAGUAUAACCCUAUCGGGUUGGAAAGGUUUCUCAUGUGAUCAUUUGGCAUAUUUAGUUGAAAAUAUGAAAAAACUCGAACGUCUAGACUUAAGUUCUGUGAAU